AUGGGCAUCGAAGAGCAGUUCGUCCUCCUCUCCAUCGGCCUAAUCACCAUCGGCGUCCGAGUCGGUGUGCGAUGGCGCCAAGUUGGACCGGCCGCAUGGCAGCUCGAUGAUUACCUGAUGCCCUUUACUGGGCUCGUCUUCACGGCAGAGACGGUAGCGGCCUAUCUUGUCGGCGCCAAAUUUCAAGGCCUCACCAAUAGCUACAUGACGGACGGCGAGAGAGCCAGCAUCGAUGUAGACUCCAAGGAACACUACAAUCGCGUCUGGGGCUCCAAGAUCCAGGUUAUCGGCUGGUCGUUUUACGCCUGCAUCCUCUGGUGCCUCAAAUUCUGCGUCACUGCCUUUUACGGCCGACUCACAUCUGGUCUCGCUCACCUCAAGACCCGUGUGAAGCUCGCAUACGUUAUACUCGCAGUCACCUACGCCGCCGUCGCUCUCACGAUCCUCCUCUCAUGUCAACCAUUCCACCACUUCUGGCAGGUCACUCCAGACCCGGGGACUCUAUGCAGACCGACAAACUCGCCCGCUUACGUUUUGGUUGUGGUUAUCCCCAACAUCUUGACUGACGUCUAUCUGCUCUCGAUCCCAUUACCUCUUCUCUGGGGUGUGAAUAUCAGCUUGCGACGCAGACUCACUCUUAUGCUUUUAUUCAGCGGUGCUCUAUUCAUCAUGAUGGCUGGCACAAUCCGAGCAGUGACCAUUCUCUCAUCGGGUCCUGAAGGAGCUGUGUCGGGCAGCGCUUGGGCAUGUCGAGAAACCUUUGUCGCCAUCAUCGUAACGAACUUGCCGAUCAUCCAACCCCUGAUCCGAAAGGGCGCCAGCAUGAUUGGUCUGAGCGUUCUUUUCAGUCGACAGACAAAGUCCAACGGCGAGAGCCACCAACUCCGAAGCAGCGAGAUGGGCGGAAGUCGAUUCGGUACCCGAAAGACGCAAAACCGAACACAUCCACUAUCUGUUCCUCAACCUACGGCUUGGGGCAGCGACGAGCACAUCUUGCCCGAAGAUAGCGAUGGCAGGUCUACCAACAAGGAUGGAAACGGUGGUAUCAUUAUUGCGCAAGAGAUCAGCAUCCAGUCGGAGGCCGCGUCCGCAGUGGAGGCAAGGGAUGCCUCGGCUAGAACGCCCCAGCAGUAUUAA